CAUUAAAACAGAAGGAAUCAUGUAAUACACUUAUCAAAAUUUAAAUAAUUUUUUUUUGGAAGAUUUUUUUAGAAAUAGAAAGAAUCAUGAAUAAUCCAUCACCAAUGACUCUUUUCGUUUGGGAAUCAUUAACAUUUCAAAAAAAUAAAAUAGUAAAACUAUAAAACAUAUCCAAUUGGAUUAAAUAAAUAGUUAUGGAAAUUGAUCAUAAAUAAUUAGAAACUUCUUCAAAAUAAUUUCACAACUAAUUACUUAACUAAUGGCAUGUUAACUAAUUAUUUUAGAAUAUAAAUAAAAAUUAUAAAAAUUUGCUUUUGAUUUUUUUUUAAAUUAUAUUUUGGUUUGAAUAGUUUCUAUUUUUUAUUAGUUUUAUAGUUAUGAAAAAAUUUAUUUCAAAAUUUAAAAUUCAUUUUAUGAGAAAAGUGUUGAUUUAUAUUUUUGCCAAGAAAAACAUCAAAUUUAAAAGCCAUUUUAAGCUUACUAUUGUUAGUCAAUUGAUUUACGUCAUGACUAGAAUGGUACGACCAACAAAAGAAUUAUGAUUAAUAUGACUCAUUAACAAAUGUUGAAUAUAUUUCUUUUUGUUUUCGGGUUUUAUUUCAAGAAAAUUUGAAAGUUCAUGAUUUGAAUGAUAUAGUUGAUCAAGUCAUUGAACAUUUUUUAGUUGUUCGAUUUGCUUACAUGUGAUUAAUUUUCACCAAAUUCAUCUCUGAAUCACACGACAUAAUUAUAAUUUCAUCAUCACAUUUGUAACCUUAAUGCAUAUCAGGGGUGGAAGCGUGUUUAAGGAGUGGGUCAGCUGACGCCAUUAUUUUUUAAAAAAAUAUUUAUUUUUAUUUAAGAAAAUUUAAAUAUUUACUUUUACUUAAAUUUUCAUUUAUCCCAUUAAAAAUGAAAAUAUGACCCCAUAAAAAAAAUUUGACCCACUGCAAAAAGUUUUUGGUUUCACCACUAAUUAAUAUACAUUUCUUGGGUGCCAAGGACUGGAAAGAAAGACAAGCAAGAAGAAAGCUAGAGAUAUGUAGCCACAUACCACAUACUCCAUAUGAUUUUGCAAAGAUGAGUGGUUGCUUAGGCAAGCGACUUUCAUAACACACUUGUACAUAUUCCAUAUCGAUGAGGAAUCAAACAUGUAUUUGUCCCUAGGAAUUCACAUAUCGAUGAGAAUAAAAUGGACAUGGCAUGGAUAAACUCAUGGCCCCGUGGGUCAAGAGACUGUUUUAUAUAUAACCUAACUAAUGGUGGUAAACUCAGAAAUAAAUAAAAAACUUUUCGAACAGCCAGGAAGAAGACAUAGGAGUAAAAGACACGACACGAGAAUCAUCUGCGUAAAUUCCGAUCGGCAUAAAGUCUUAUAAUAAUAAUACUAUUCUUCUUCUUCGUCUUCACCUACCUUUUUCUCUCUCUAAAUCUCUCUCUCUUGUACUAUUUGGCGUGAGUCCUUUUUGUACCUCUUGACGCAGAGAAAGUUAAAUAAUUUGGUCGCUCUUCAGAUCAAUAAACGCUCCAACUCUCGACCUCUCCGUCGCACUUCGCUCUUCUACUCGUACCCCAUUGGUCGCCGCAGGUGCAACACUCGCUGGUGUUUCCCUUUUCAGAAUGUCUUCUUCGAGCUCUUCUUCUUUCGCUUCACUCUCUAUCUCAGCUUCUGCUUCUGAUGAUAACCACUUACCCAUCAUUCGUAAGAAGGAAGUUGUGUCUACAGAUAAAGCACCACCUGCUGUAGGACCGUACUCUCAGGCCAUCAAAGCCAACGGUUUCGUUUUUGUUUCAGGUGUUCUUGGACUUAUACCUGAGACUGGAGAGUUUAUAUCGGACGACGUUGAAGAUCAGACUUACCAGCUACUCAAGAACAUGGGGGAGAUAUUGAAAGCUGGUGGUGCUAGUUACUGCGCCGUGGUAAAGACAACCAUCAUGCUUGCUGACUUGGCUGACUUCAAGAAAGUGAACGACAUAUACGGCAAAUACUUCCGAAAUGAUCCUCCAGCAAGAUCCACAUAUCAAGUGGCGGCUUUGCCACUAAAAGCCAAGAUCGAGAUCGAUUGUAUUGCAGUACUCUAAAACAGCCUCAAUCUCUGUCAAAAUAAAUAAAGAGGAAACCAUGGUUUGGGAGGCUUAUCUUCAUCAGUUCAUUCUUAACGUACUUUUUAUUUUGUUGCGGAUUAUAAACCAUUAGGUUGGUUGCAAAAUCUAAAGCCCCAUUGGCUUAAUCAAGAAUAAGUGAUUUCCUGUUGACUUGAUAUGUAUUGAGUACAUUAUUUGAUAAGAAACCCUUUACAUGAUUUUCAGUUCUUA